CUUGCAAAGAAGGAUCAUGCAGAGCUGGUGAGAGCAUGGGACGCGCUUGACAAGGGGGACAUGGAAGAGGACCAGCGAUUGGAUACACAACAACAAAUACAAGAGUUAUCGGACAAAGUUGAAAAGCGGCUGUGGUCCGUCCGCCUCUACGCGACCGGGGAACAAUACUUGCCGUUGGAUGAACGUCUCAGAUCCAUCGAGAUGAGUUUGGAUGACGUUGCUGCAUAUUGGUUUUUAACAGACGAACUCGAGAACGAGAUCGAGAACCUUGAACGGAGAACCGAGGCAUUGCGCGAAAGAUUCGGACUUGAUGAGCAGGCCCAGAAAGAAGGGAAAAAGCAGGUACAAAAGCUGUUCUCCGUUUUGUGUCAGGAAUACGAUCAAUGUUGUAUCAAAACGAAGCCAGCACCCCAGCCCAUCUACUACUUGUAAAAGCUCUUUUGUGAUCCGGGCGCGCCCUUCGCACUGCCUGCUGAGUAAAAGAAACUGGAAAUAGAAACACACACUAAAGCUACGUUUACAGCUCUCCCUCGGUCCGUAGGUGAGAGCUCUGAUCCCAUUCCGCACCAAACGAAUAGUUUAUGCGGUCUAAAAACGAAAUCAGGUUUAGGAGCGGGGUUCGGAAGAGGAGGCCACGGAGAUGAGAGGUGGACUUCAUGGUGACGGAUUUGAUGAAGUUGAAGGGGGUGAUUAUGGUGGAAUGAGGCUCCAUGAAGACUUCGAGGCUCACAUUGGAGGACUACCUGGCGGCCUUGGAAGACCCGAUGAAGUUGUGAGAUCCUGAACUUGUUGACAAGAGUUCACCACCACCGUGACCAGAGCCCCACCUUGCGGGCUUGUCUUCAGCUCCACCUACCGGUCAAGCAACUUAAUAAUUACCUAUCCACCUCACGAUAUUGACACGAAGAAGUUACAAUCACUGAAAUGGAUUCAACAUGAAAUUACGUGAUUCAAGUGUCAACCCACCCGCAAAGUUAAAGCCACGGGGAACAAAAACAGGGAAUCGCUAGCCUGAUAAGUAAAAGCGUGAACCUAGCUAGUGUGACUACAACUAUCGCUUAGGCAGGAGAAAAAAGAAAAAAGAGGCAGCUGCUACGAAUGGUAAAACCUUCGCUAGUGGUACGCGAGGGAAGCGUCAAGAUGAAAGAGUGUCGGCGGAAAGAGUAUUUAUACACUUUGUGUUUCUUGAUUCUGAACCGUUCGAAGAUGAAUUGCAUUAUUUACCGCACUUUUAUAUAGAGUCUUCAUCGAUCUUCCUCUUCCCGCUUUAAUAAGCCUUUGAGUCCUAGAGCGGAAGACUUUUCAUAGUUAGUCUUCCUUUUCUCCGUACAGUAGUAGUAUGUUGCUAUAAAGUAAUUGUACAAAAACCGCUUCCAUUGUACAAAUAGUGCCCGAAGAAUGGCUCAUCAUGAGAAUGCGUAUUUCUUUCUUCAGCAACGUACUUAAACUUAUUCAAAUUCGCAGGAACAGUGUAAGCAACACCAGCGCCACGGAGUUUGUUCUAUGCCUCUUUCCCGUUCUGCUUAUCAGGGAGCGCCAAGUGUGGCACAACUUGGAGUGCUUCCACAACCAAAGAGUUCUCACACAACAAAAGACGCAUUGAUGUAGAGAUUUUCUAGGCUGAGGGUCUUGGUCUUGAGCAGAGCGGAUUCGAAAAGUUUGGCAAGAAAUUGAUGUACCCACGAUACGAACUUUUUUCAGUUUGGUAAAUACGGAAUUGAUGUAGUCCACCACUCCCGAUUUCAAGCAAGUGUCGGACCUCGUAGAAAAAUACAAUCCGUGCAGCCACUCGCACGUCGGUAAAAAGUCGAAACAAAAAAAACACGAUCGAUCUAGAAGGUAACUGGUCAAGAAGCACAGGAGAAG